AUGCUCGCAAGGAAUUUACAAGUAUCGGCAGCUAAAACGAUACGAUGUCUAUCGGUGCGCUGUAAAACAUCGCGCAUCCAAAUUGAAAAUCCUUCUGCAGCAAUGCUUCCGAUGAAGGGUAUUGACGCAGAGAAGAAGCCUAUCAAAGUGCAUCUCGAGAGUGGUAAACAAUACUCGUGGUGUUCAUGCGGUCAUUCAGCUAAUCAGCCGUGGUGUGAUGGAUCACAUAAGCCAGAUGGUAUCACAAUGUUAAGACCGGUAAACUUUCAAGUGGAAAAAUCUGGUGAUUACGUACUGUGCCAAUGCAAACAAACCGAAAAUCGACCGUUAUGUGAUGGGGUGCACAAGAAGAUUUCGAAGCGACCACGAUCUGCUGAUGCAUCACGUAUGGUAAUGUUUAACGAUUCACCUGCAUAUAAAGGUGUUGCUUAUAAACUCGGAUAUAAACCAAAAGCAGGUGGAUUUCAGUAG